AUGGCGUCAACUUUUACUUUUGGCUUUGGAGGUGACGAUGUGGAAGAUUUAGAGAACAUAUCUGACACUGACCAAGGAGUUCCGAGUGUUCAAGAAAACAAAAGUGAUCUGAUAUUCGAUAAUGCAGAGGUGCUUAACCUUGAGGAUAUGCUUGCUUCUCUACCGUCACAGUUGGAGUUCAAUACCCAAUUAAUAGGACCAAAAUUGGAGGAGCCAUUUUUAGUUGCGCGCCGACAGUUAAUGGAUAUCCGCGUUCAACUAAUGGCUGAACGGGAUAUGCUGAACGAGGGUGAAGAUUUACUGGCUGGUUUACAAAAGGAUGACAUUAAACCAACUGUAUAUGAAGGAGGAUUUAAAACGUGGGAAUGUGCCUUAGAUUUGGCCGCUCUCGUAUCUCACGGCCUAGAAGGGUUUACACACUUGGAUGACCAAGAUGAGCUCAAUAUAAUAGAGCUUGGAGCCGGAACUGGGAUGCCUUCUCUAUCGCUACUUCGGUGCUUCUUAGUCCAGGGAAAGGAAAAGCGCCGAAAAGUACACUUCAUACUUGCUGAUUAUAAUGCUACAGUCUUGAAGUUGGCUACUUUACCGAACCUGCUACUGACCUGGUAUAUUACUCGAAGGAGCCCACCGGAAGGAACUAAUAUCCAGGCUAAUCCUGCUGUUGAUCGUUUGCUGGAAAUUGAUAGAAGCCUUCUGGAAGACUUUGUUCAGGAUCUUUCGGAUCAUGGAAUCAAACUUUCGUUCAUAUCUGGGGGUUGGUCCCCUGAGUUUGUCGACCUGUGUCUGGGCAAGCAGCACAACAUGAAAGACGAGGCGAUGACAGACAGCCAGCAGACUACAGCAGGGCGCAGGACACUUAUCCUAGCCAGUGAAACUAUAUAUUCUCCGCCUUCAUUACUCCCAUUUACAGAAACACUUGCGUCAUUAAUGCGCAGGGCGCUAUCGCACGACAGAACAAAGAAUCAUACAGGGGAUCCUCCAGUUCGAGCGCUCAUAUCAGCGAAGAAAGUCUACUUUGGUGUUGGCGGAGGGGUUAGCGAGUUUCUAAGCACUCUUAGGGACGUGGGAAGCAGUGAUGAGUUCAAGGCCUUAACUAAGUUAGUGAUCUCCGACGCGGGAGUAACUAGGACGGUUCUGGAGAUCCUCCCUGAGCUACCAAUAGGUUGA